AUGUCGAAGACUUCGUUCAUGUACAUGGUUAACCAUGUCUUCCUUCCACCCAAGCUCCCCGAGGGAGAUGAUUCGGAUCCAACCAACAGUUCAGCUCUGCAAUCGACUGUCUUGAGAAUCACCGAGAAGUUUGAAGAUUUCGUCCCUUCCGCCAAACAUGGAUUAGUACGCUCGGCAGUGGCAAUGAUCCGACGAAUGGUUCAAGCUCAAGAUCAGAAUGGAAAUGUCAACUACAUCAGGCUUGAAGGAGUGUUGCAAGAGCUCAGCCACAGUGGCCCGGGUGCGGCUGUGCCAAUACAUACCCAUUCCCAGAACGCAGGCGUUCUUGUCUAUAAGAGCAAGGACUCUAUCUCUAUUGAGUCUUUUGAGCUUUCUCCCCUGAACUCCGCCGUCAUGAAAUCUCCCGGUCGACUCCGCCGAUACUUCCCUGGACCUGCAAUGGCGAUGAACCUAGAAACCUUCUGUGAUGAAAAGUUCCGGACCUGUUUCGCUGCGCUUCUGCACAAGCUCUGUCAUCAAAGAACUCCCGACACUUGUCCUCUUGUGAAAAAAGCCGGCCAGUCUCACGAGGAGCCACGAGAUACGCUAGAUCCUGUAUACGUGACCGAGUUCAUGUCUGCCUUUCUGGGGCCUGUCGCCAAGCAAGUUCAAGAUGCGCCAGGGGUAUGGAAGAACACACGCAGCGAAGUGAUGUGGAACAACAGUCUCAUGCCCUGGCGCAGGUCGCCGUUGUGGCUUCUAAUCCGGGUUACGCUCCAACUUCUCUUUGUCCACGAAGCACCCUCAGCACUUGAUGGGAUAUCUUUCUAUAAGUCAUUGAUGCUCUUCUUUACCGCAUCACUUCUUGAGGAAGCCCUGAAUCACUGUCUGCCAAGUGAAAUCAUUGAGAUUAUGAGAUCCAAGGUGGUACGGCGCAAGCACAAGCUCACGGCUCUUCAUGGUCAGAAUGAUAAAGUUACCUCAUUUGCAGACAGAGUCAUGACCGAAGCUGCACAAGAGUUAAUCCUCCGCCAAAGUAAUUUCAUCAAACACAACACCCCGGUCAACAUCUUGCCUCGACUUCGCUCACUUGAUUUUGCCAGCGACUCGGUUCAUAGGUUGGAGGAAUUGAAUGACUUCAUCGGACUCAUCUCGCAACGAAAGCUAAGCUCCUACGAAACCAAUUCCAACCAGUUCACGGAAAUGGCAUCGUUCGAUCAAGAUACUCUUCCUCACAUUCCGACUUCCACCCCAGGAGAGUACACCGAGUUCUUCCUUGCAGAAGUUGAGACUUGGGUAUCUUACCACCUUGACUCCUGGCUACACCACAACAUAACGGAAUCUGAGGCCUGCGCAAAGCUUCUCGAAUUUAUGACUGCAUAUAAAAAGAUUGCACUGCCAAUCUAUAGGACAGACCCUGAGGGAUUAUCAAUCAUGGUCCUUGCGUUGACCGAGCUGUGGAUCGCUUGCGAUAAAAUAGCAAAAAGCCAGAUUCCGCUUAUGUGCGACUAUGACCCUCGAAUUCCGUCAUGCCUUUUUCAGUCCCUUUUGCUUCCUUCCCGCGACAACAUGAGGCGACUGGCGAAAGUUGAACAGUAUCUGCGACAGCGAUCUCAAGUAGCCGACCAAUCUCUUCCAGACAUAUUCACAUCUUUCGGCGGUUCAAGGACUUUCGCUGUGCGAUACUACGGCCAAUCAGCAGUUCACCAGAGGUUGCUUGGGAAAAUUGAGGCUGAAGCUGCCAGAAGUCGCACAGCAAAGAUAGCCGAGCUUUCGAAUGUUCAGGCCCAGCAUGAGCGCCUUCGAAGGCUCUAUGAAGCUGCAAGUUGCGAGUGCUUGUUACAAAACAAGCGGAAGGGGGCAAUGUCAUACCAAGGUGGUUACUGCACCAAAUGCUCAUACAAGCGGCAGAUGAAUUCGCUUAACAUCAACAUAUUUGAAUGGCCUCUACCCCGGAACCAAACAGAUGCUCAGAACACUGUUUUUGAGCUUUGUCCUCCAUGUACAUUCUCCAAAUGGCGGGAUGCGACCGCAUUCAUACACAUAGACGUCAGCAUGUGCAAAUACGGCUCGACUACUCGGGAUCGUGUGCAGUCCCUUGAAAGCUACUCUGCUCUGCGCCCAUACUUCAAAAAUGUAUACGGAAAUCAGCGCAUUGGACUCUGGUCAUCAACCAAACCCAACGCGAGGACACACAGGCGGCUGAGAGCGGUGCCAUAUCUGGAAGUUCAUGAUGUCUGCCUCAACAAUGGCAUGACGUACUACUACUUUGACGAUGAGUGCACAAGUUACGUUACCUCAACGAUCAUGACCGAAGAGCUAGUAAUGUCCUGCACUUUCAAAGUUCCGCCUGAGUCAAAGGUUCUCCAAAAAUACCUGUUUAGACCCAGCACGUCCCCUGACGGUCUUCCUCCCAAUGAUGUUAUUGCGCACCAAGCUGAGUGUCCAGCUCAUCUCUCGACGGAAGAAUACAAGAGUCUGUGCCUCAUUCCCUUGGGCCACAAAAUCCAGUGGCUGAAUAUUCUUCACCAGCUGGCCAUGCCCAGCAUAAACUUUGGAAGGGCCGAAACAGCAGCGGUAAUUUUACAGGCAAUCCACUGA